AUGCUCUCAUCAUCUUCUGGAAAUACACUGGUAUCAAAACCACCAUCAGCCAAUGGAUUGAAAAAUUAUUACAUUGCCAAGAUUCAAGAGAAGGAAAUUGUAUUAAAGGAUAAAAUCGAAAAUCUUAGACGUUUACAAGCACAAAGAAAUGAAUUGAACGGACGUGUGAGGAGCUUGAAGGAAGAAUUACAACAACUCCAAGAACCAGGAAGCCAUGUUGGUGAAGUUGUUAAAGUUAUGGGAAAAAAGAAGGUUCUUAUCAAGAUCAGCCAAGAAGGAAAAUAUAUUGUGGAUAUUGACAAAUCUAUUGAAUUGAAGGAUUUAUCACCAGGUGUAAGAGUUGCUCUCAGAAAUGAUUCCUAUGCUCUCCAUAAAAUUCUCCCUAAUAAGAUUGAUCCUUUGGUCAGUUUGAUGAAAGUAGAAAAGGUUCCUGAUGCUACAUAUGAAAUGGUCGGAGGUCUUGAUGAACAAAUUAAAGAAGUUAAGGAAGUGAUCGAACUUCCAAUCAAACACCCUGAACUUUUUGAAAGCUUGGGUAUUGCUCAACCAAAAGGAGUUAUCAUGUAUGGUCCACCAGGUACUGGUAAGACUUUAUUGGCUAGAGCUGUUGCUCACCACACAGAUUGUACUUUUAUUCGUGUUUCUGGUUCAGAGUUGGUACAGAAAUACAUUGGUGAAGGUAGUAGAAUGGUCAGAGAAUUGUUCGUCAUGGCUCGUGAACAUGCCCCAUCUAUUAUUUUCAUGGACGAAAUUGACAGUAUUGGUAGUACGAGAACAGAAGGUGGUAAAGGAGGUGGUGAUAGUGAAGUACAAAGAACCAUGUUGGAAUUACUUAACCAAUUGGACGGUUUCGAAUCUACACAAAACAUCAAAAUUAUCAUGGCUACAAAUCGUAUUGAUAUUCUUGAUCCUGCCUUGUUAAGACCAGGUAGAAUUGAUCGUAAAAUUGAAUUCCCAAAUCCAAACGAAUUGGCCAGAUUAGAUAUUCUUAAGAUUCACUCCAGAAAGAUGAAUUUGACUCGUGGUAUCAAUCUCAGAAAGAUUGCAUCAAUGCUUGGAGGUGCUUCUGGUGCUGAAAUCAAGGCUACCUGUACAGAAGGUGGUAUGUUUGCUUUGCGUGAAAGACGUGUCCACGUUACUCAAGAAGAUUUGGAAAUGGCUGUCGCUAAGGUAACAAAGAGAGGAGACGAACACAACAUGAGCUUGAAGAAGUUGUUCAAAUAAAUUAAAUUAACCGUGUAC